GUACGGAGUUAUAUUUUUUAUUUCUUUUCGAAGAAAUGCCGAUUUAUGGAGGAAUUAAUCCUCCCUUUCGGGAAAGUCGACAGUUUCUGAAACCACCGCUCUUCUUGAAUGGAUUAAAGUGAACUUAAAGUCGACUAAAAAAUAACUGCAUUUUUGAAGCGCAUUGGGUUACUAGACGGGAAGAAAUAUUCAAAUAUUUUACUGUGAAAAUUGCAUAAAAUGAGUAUAAUCAUAAUGAGGAUAUCUCUCAUAACUAUUCACGUGUAUAAUGAAGUGUUUACGUGUUUCCCGAUUUAGGCUGUUUAAUUAAAUUCUAAAUGUCAUGAUACCGAGAGGAAUAUGCUUACGAGUACCAAAGUUGGCGGCGACAAUAUGUUUACGUGUGACCCUGAAAAAGCAGGCAUGCGUUGUGCUGAACUGAGAGAAAAAAUCGUCAACGCUAGUUGCCUGCACAUGCAAACAGCUUUAAUGCUCGAAGGCCGAAAAGAUCUCACAUCAAAUCUAUGUGAUAAUUUUGUUGAAAGUGAGGCGUGCGACUAUAUUGCAAGUGAUUGUAAACCCGAACACAGUGCCCCAACUCCUCGUAACUGCAACCACGAUCCGCAGCAGCGGCUUCCUCCUAGCGAUCCUAUUUUCAAUGCUGCCAGUGACGAGGCAAGAGAUUAUGCACACAUUCCGCAAGAACCAUCCAAUGAUUCCACCAACGAACGAACCAAAUUUGUUGAAGAGCAGUGGCCGGAAGUCCAGUUCGAAAACCAUCAAGAGCCCAUUAGAGGGACUUCAUUGGUACAACCUUUCGUGACGCAAGCUGCGUGCACGACACAGAAUCCAGCAGCAACCACUGAUAUUGUUGGACGAAUGCUGGCAAGACUCACCAAGCGAGGCUCGGAUCUCUUGUUGCCUAGAAGAGAAGCAGGCAUUGCUGACGAUCAUGCAGAAGUUAUAGCAAGUUCCAAGUCGCUUGAAGUGAAAGGCAACUUACCGAGUAAAGUAAGGACUGAACCGGUGGCUCCAGAUGGGAGAUGGGGAUGGAUUGUCCUCGCUGGAGCUUUCUACACUGUUGCUUUCACCAUAAGCAUCACGACUUGCUUCGGAAUCCUCUUUAGUCAAAGGAUAAAAGUCCUAAACAUCUCAUCCAGUGAACUCAGCUAUGUAUACAUGUUACACAACAUCACAUGGAACCUCGGCGUCCUGCUGACAAACACCGCGGUCUUGAAGUUCGGCUUCAGAGCAGUGGCUUUCUCAGGAUGCCUCGCAGCCUCACUGUCGUUCAUGUUGUUGGCUUUCGCAAAUUCACUAGCUUUCAUCGUCAUUGUGUACAGCAUUAUCCUACCUAUCAGCGCUGGGGUGGGCUCCACCGUGAGCUUCCUCAUAGUGCCGAGGUACUUCGAGAAACGACGUGGCCAGGCGAUGGCCAUCCUGAUGACGGGGCUUGCUGUUGGCGGCAUUGUGUCUCCCUUGCUCAUUAGGAAUUUGCAGGACGAGUUUGGAUUCAUCGGUGCAACGCUAAUCCAUGGGGCUAUCAUCCUCAAUUGUUGCGUUGCAUCAGCUUUAUUCCGACCGUUGGAAUCUAAGAAGAAAGAAAGAAAUGAUUCCUUACCUCCUACUGCUGUUGAAGACUUCUCCGAGUUCGGCUACAAUGAACAGAAUGGAGGUUUUAUCUCCACUCCUACCCUCGGAUUGGAACGUUCCAAGCCUAUUCCUAGUAGAAUGUGGAUAUUUGCGUCGAACCUUAUACUUUCAUUAACAACAUGGUUUAAAAAGAACUAUUCAGUGUUGAAGCAGCGAAAAGUUUUAAUGAACGGAUUCAGUCUUUCCACUCAUGUGGUAGGAUACUUCAAUUUUGUGAUGCUUGUUCCUUUCGUGGUCGAGAGUUCAGGUCAUUCACCACAGUACUCAGCGUGGUGUGUCGCAGCAUUUUCUGUUUCAAAUGCAAGCGUUCGCCUCAUCGUCGCAAGUCUGGCUGAUAGGACUUGGUUCAAUAAAGCGUUCUUCUUCGGUCUGGGCGCCUUCAUCGCCAGCUGCACUUCUUUCGGUUUCAUGUUCGCAACUCACAGCGAGCUCUGGAUGACGAUCCUCAUCCUCGUGUUCGGUGUUGGCGUGGGCCUCUACAUGAGCCUCUACCACGUGCACAUGAUUGACGUGUUGGGCAUGGAGCUAUACGCCGCUGCUGUGGGGGUCAACGCUGUCAUCAUGGCUUCAACUUUUGGGCUCGCUGGUCCCAUUUUUGGAAGCAUCAGGAAAAUCACGACUUCGUACGGCGCCAGCUUGGGCGCGUGCUCAGCGCUGCUGUUGUGCUCCACUCUCCUCGUCAUAGGACUUCACAAGGAACCAAAGUGGAGCGAAACAAAAUAAUUCAAUUGGUAAACAUUUUUGUAUUACUCACUCAAGUA